ACGAACACCCGCCCGCACAUAGUACUCCUUCUUGGAUCGUCUUUGUCUGAUUUGCCCCGCCGCUAAUACAGGCCGUAAUUAGGCGAGAGAGGAGAUCAGCCACACACCAAGCAGGAGCACGUCCGACUGGAUCGCGCUCUCACUUCUGGUUUCCCUUCCUCGGAGAUCUUUUCCUCCCCCAUUGGCAACUGACUCUGCUUCCCUCUCUCCCCCCUCUGACGACGUCCGGAUCGACCGACGUACGGUGCGCGCAUGGGGACGGCGUCAGGCGAUGACGACCGCCACCACGGCAUGGCGGAACGGGUGAACCUCUCGGCGCGGCGGCCCUUCACGGAGGCGCUGCGGUCGGGCCUCGCGGAGACCUUCUUCCCCGACGAUCCCUUCCGCGGCUUCGCGGCGCUCCCGCCGCGGGAGCGCGCGUGGGGCGCGCUCAAGUACUUCGUGCCGGCGCUGGAGUGGGCGCCGCACUACAGCCUCGACAAGUUCAAGUACGACCUCCUCGCCGGCAUCACCAUCGCCAGCCUCGCCAUCCCGCAGGGCAUCAGCUACGCGCGCCUCGCCAACCUCCCGCCCAUCAUCGGACUCUACUCGAGUUUCGUGCCGCCGCUGCUGUACGCGGUGUUCGGGAGCUCCAACAACCUGGCGGUAGGCACGGUGGCGGCGGCGUCGCUCAUGCUCGCGUCCAUCAUCGAGGACGAGGUGCUGCCGGAGGACGACCCGGAGCGCUACCUGCAGCUCUUCUAUACCUCCGCCUUCUUCACCGGCAUCUUCCAGACCGCCCUAGGCGUCUUCAGAUUAGGGCUAAUAGUGGAUUUCCUGUCGCGGUCCACCAUCACCGGCUUCAUGGGCGGCACCGCCAUGAUCAUCAUAAUGCAGCAGCUCAAGGGCCUCCUGGGGAUGAAGCAUUUCACGCCCAAGACCGAUCUCAUCUCCGUCGUCGGCUCCAUCUUCCAAUACAGACAUGAGUGGAAAUGGCAGAGUGCAGUUCUGGGCAUAUGCUUCAUCCUGUUCCUGCUCUCCAGUAAGCAUCUGAGAAAGAAAAUGCCAAAUUUGUUCUGGGUGUCGGCCAUUGCGCCUUUCAUGGUUGUCAUCAUCGGAGGCGUCUUCGCUUUCCUGGUCAAGGGAGAUGAGCAUGGCAUCCCGAUUGUUGGUGACCUGAAGAAAGGGAUUAAUCCCAUCUCCAUUUCACAGCUAAGGUUCGAUACCAAGAACGUUGAGAUAGCUAUGAAAGCAGGUCUCAUGUCUGGGAUCCUAGCACUCGCGGAGGGAAUAGCCGUCGGACGAAGCUUGGCGAUGAUCAAGAACGAGCAAAUCGACGGUAACAAGGAGAUGAUCGCGUUUGGCAUGAUGAACAUCGUGGGUUCUUUCACCUCAUGUUACCUCACGACAGGGCCGUUCUCCAAGUCGGCGGUGAACUUCCACGCCGGAUGCAAGACGCCCAUGUCAAACGUGGUGAUGUCGGUGUGCAUACUGCUGGUGCUGCUGUUCUUGGCUCCUCUGUUCAAGUACACCCCGCUGGUGGCGCUCUCGUCAAUCAUCGUUGUCGCCAUGAUCGGGCUGAUCAAGGUCAAAGAGUUCGUCCACCUCUACAAGAUCGACAAGUUCGACUUCUGCAUCUGCAUGGUCGCUUUCGUGGGCGUCGUCUUCUUCACCAUGGUCAUAGGCCUUAGCGCAUCAGUAGGUUUGUCAGUGCUCAGGGCAUUGCUAUACGUUGCUAGGCCUGCAACUUGCAAGCUCGGGAGCAUAUCGGGGACCGAGAUCUUCCGUGAUACCAAGCAAUACCCGCAUGCCAAGAGCGUCCCCAACAUCCUCGUCCUGCAGCUGGGUUCUCCUAUAUAUUUUGUCAACGCCGGCUACUUGCGAGAAAGGAUUUUGAGAUGGGUGGAAGACGAGGAGAACAUUUGCAAGGGUCACGGGCAAGAUCUGCAAUACCUGAUUCUUGACCUUGGCGGUGUGACUUCAAUUGACAAUACGGGGAUCGGGAUGCUGGGGGAAGUGCACAAGGGCCUGGACCGGAAAGGGAUCAGGAUGGCUCUCACGAAUCCCAGGCUAGAGGUGACGGAGAAGCUGGUGCUGUCAGGGUACAUCAAGGACACCAUCGGGGAGGAGAGCGUGUUCAUGACCGUCAAGGACGCCAUCACGUCGUGCCGGUACGCGCUGCAGAGGUCCGCAAGCAAGGAAGGAGGAAGCCAAGUAUAGCGAUUUAGGAGGUGUAGUACCUGUAGAUAUUGUGGUGUGUGUCAGCCGCAAGAAGAACAUGCAUAGCGCGCAUGAGUAUAGAAGACUCUGACGAAAAGUUUCAGUCGCAUGGACCGGGUGCCUCGAUGGUCUCUGGAGUCUGGAUGCGCUGAAGUUGUAACGUCGGGAUUCAGGGGAGAUUGAGGGUCAGGGAUGGAAAUAGCGAGGCGGGGUGCUCUCUUCUCUUGUGUAUAGAUAACCAGUUUAGAUUUUCAAGAGGUCACAGCGAACCUCACAGAUUUGCUUGUAUCAAAGGUUGACGUUGCAGAAUGCUCAAGGAAGAAGAACUGUUAAAUUGCUAGAAGAAUAAUGAAUGCAGAUGGGUUUAUCUUUUUA